AUGAGGUCCUCGAAGUCUCCUUUCAAAAGGAAGUCCCAUAGUCGUGAAACAUCGCACGAUGAAAACACAUCAUUCUUUCACAAGAGAACGAUAUCAGGUAGCAGUGCUCACCAUUCUAGAAAUGUUAGUCAGGGUGCAAUACCCUCCUCUGCACCGCCUAUUUCUGGUGGCAAUUACUCGCAUAAGAGAAAUGUUUCAAGAGCUUCCAAUUCCUCUCAAAGUUCGAAUUUCCUAGCCGAACAAUAUGAAAGGGAUAGGAAAGCUAUAAUUAAUUGUUGCUUUUCAAGACCUGAUCACAAGACAGGCGAGCCGCCAAGCAAUUAUAUUACACACGUACGGAUCAUUGAAGACUCAAAAUUCCCAAGUUCAAAACCUCCUCCAGAUUCAAGACUGGAAAACAAAAAGAAAAGACUUCUUAUUCUAAGUGCCAAACCCAAUAAUCCUAAGCUCAUACAAAUUCAUAAAGCAAGAGAAAAUUCAGAUGGUUCCUUCCAAAUCGGUAGAACCUGGCAACUGAAUGAACUAGUUAGAGUAGAGAAGGACUUGGAUAUCUCUGAAGGGUUCAUUCUUACUAUGGGUAAAAAGUACUACUGGGAAACGAAUUCUGCCAAGGAAAGAACCGUUUUUAUCAAAUCUUUAAUCACUUUAUACAUCCAGACAUUCGAAGGCCAUGUUCCUGAACUAGUUAAUUGGGAUUUAUCCCUCUUUUAUCUCGAUGAGAGAAGUUAUCAUAGGGCUGUUAUCACGAAUCGUGCUGGACCCAUAUCUCCCAUAAAAUCGCCUACAAGUAAUUUUGCAGUCAACAGUGCCAAAUCGAUGGGUUCUGUCCCUUCUUCAACAUCUUUUGAUAGGACCAGAAGAUCUGAAACAGAAGGAAAUAUUCCAGUGGCCACACCAACUGGUACUACAUAUCAUCCCGGAACCAAGUCUUUAAAUAAGCCCCCCUACUCUUCCAAUUCGACUCUGAAUGAGGUAAAUAGGAGAUACGAACAAGAGCAACAACAGCAACAACAAGAGGCUGAACAAAGACGUUCUGAAGAUCAAAGAAAGAUGCAGUUACAGAAGGAAAAUGAGAUCAAAAGACUAGAAGAAGAAAAGAGAAUAAAGCAAGAAGAACGGAAAAAACAAAUAGAACUGGAAUUGGAACUCCAACGGCAAAUUGAAGAAGAAGAACAAAAAAGGAAAAUGGAGUUGGAACGCCAACAGCAGUUUGAAGAAGAGCAACGCCUAAACAAAGAGAGAGAACUAUUGGAUCUAGAAAGAAGACAAAGGGAACAAGAAAUUUUAGAGAGACAAAGAAAAGAAGAGCAAGAGGCGCUUGCUGAGAAAGAGGAGAAAGAAAAGAGUACUAGGAACAAAUCAGAAGAUGAAAAUUAUGCUCAAGAAAUCAACGGUAAAGUUGAUAACCUUUUAGAGGACUUAAAUGCAGUUUUGGGAGAAGACACAGAAACCACGCCAAUCAUGCAAAACAGUGCUCAUAUACCCGAGAGGAGUACUGCUAGAGCUCGGGAUCAAUUAAAAAAACCACUAAAUAUUGCUAAAGUCGAGGCUCUUAACGGAAGCGAUUUAAAUGAUUCAAUCAGUUUAGACGAUGAGAUAGCAGGUUUAAGUACAUCUAAUAUAUCAGAGGAGUAUCAAGAUGAGAAGAACGAUCUUUCAUUUGAAAAGGGGGAUGAAAUUAGGUAUAGUAAAAAUUUCGAGGGUGAAGUUUCUCACGUGUACCAUGAAGUAUCGAUUAUCCAAGAAGAAACGCCCACAGUUUCCAAGAAAAUAAUUCUUCCAGAAGAAAACAAAUCUGACGUAUUAGUUGACCUUAAAGAAGAGACCAGAAAAAUGGAAAGCAUUGAUGAUGAGGUUUUAUUAGAAAUAUUGACAGAUAUCAACUGGACUAUCGAAGAUGAUGCAGAUAGUAUGAUUGAAAGAAUUGACAUGAGACUGGCCGAAGCUGAAUAUUCUUUCAACCAAAAUUUACUAUCUCUGCAGCAAAUCGGACCUAAUCUUGAACCUUAUGAAAAUAAGGUCAGCGAGGAAUGCCACCGGAUAAUUCCUACAUUUUCCUUAUUUUUAAUGGAGAUGAGUAAUUUUUCUAAUGAUAUUGAAAACGUAGAGAGUCAAGAUAACGGACUACAAGUUGAAAGUGCCAACAAAAAACUCUUGUGGAGCACACUUGAUGAACUUUUAAAAACUGUCUCACUUGAUGAAGUCUCGUUAAAUCAAUUACUAGAAUGUCCAAUAAGAGAGAAAAACCUGCCAUGGAUGGAAAAUCAAUUGAAUUUAUUAUUGAAAGCCUUCCAAGCAAUCGGCAGUGAUGAAAAUGAAGUAGAAUAUAACCUGAGAGAAAUUUCAGGGUUAAAACAGAGGCUUCAAUUUUAUGAAAAGGUUACCAAGAUAUUUAUUGACAGAAUUGUGGAAGAAAUGGAAAAGAAGUUUUCCAAUAUUCAUGGUCAAGAUAUCUCACACGACCAAAUGAUUAGAAUUUUAACAACUUUGCUAAUAUUCUCUCCGUUAAUACUUUUCUGUAAAGAAAUCUCACAAAAAUCAUAUCAGACCAUUGUAGAAAACUGGAACAUCAAUAUCCAACCAAUAUAUAUGGAAUUGUGGACAAAAAAAAUAUCACAAUUGGAAAGCAUUGAUGUGAACCAUGAUAGAAUGAGUAAAUUAAGUUUAAACCAGCUACUACAGCAAUGGAACACCUUUAGGAAAGAGAGGAAGAUUAAUGAUGCCAACCCAGUUUUCAAGGAAAAAUUUUCUCUCCUUACUGAGUGCAUUCAAGUUAUAAGACAGGAGUGUAUUGUUUACCAAAAUUUUGUGGAAGUAUUUUUCCAUAUAUCUUCAAAACAUAACUUUGAAACCUAUAUCAAGCAUUUUAAUGAUCCAGAUACUCCUCCGAUAUUAUUGGAUGCUGUGAGAGUGAUGCAGUCUGACCGAGAAGCAGCAGUUAUUGAAACUCAGCUAGUUUCAAGAAUAUUCCAACCUAUUGUUACUAGAUUAUCCUCAUAUUUUGUAGAAUUAGUAAAAACUGAGCCAACAGUAGCCCCCGCUUUAACCCUUUACUUGGAGAAUGAAAUCAAAAGCUUAGAAUCAUCGAACCACGAGUUCUUAUUAUCUGCAGUGACGAGAGUAUACACGCAAAUAAAACAAGUGUGGUCAGAUAACAUUGACGAACAAGUUUUGUAUUUUGAAAGAACUUCUAACGCAACAACUAAUGGAGAAAUUAUUCCAGCUAUAGUCGAUUUACCAGUAGAUUUGAAAAAUUCAGAAGAUUUAUUCAAAUUUACGAAGAGUGCUAUGGAUAUUAAGGAUAUCGAUGACAACUAUGAGUCCAUCGAAUUGAUGAGUUCAAGCUUCAGGAAGUUAAGUGUGGCUGCUACACAAUCAAUAGCUCACAAAGAAGGUAAUUCUAACAUCAACCCAAGUUUAUCAGACACCACUGCUUUAAAUAAUGAUUACAUGGAAACAAUUUCUCUCUUAGUAAAUAGCAAUUGGUUAACAGAAAUGCUCUCCAUGUUGAACUUCAAUAAGGAUGGUAUAUUUGACACGUCAUUGCAAAAUGUAAAAAAAGUCUUUGAUGUUGAAAGAGAAUCCUAUGCUUCCUUUUUACUCCGUGAUACUAUGCCUAAGUUGACAGCUUUUGUUUACGGUGUAAGCAACAUCAUUGAAAACACCAACAACGUGAACAUGACCAAUCCGUCAAGAUGGGCCGCAUAUAGCAGGCAGAAUUUAGAGAACAUUCUUUUAGCAUACACUUCUCAUGAAAUUGAAACCUUGGUAGCAAGGCUUCACAGUCACAUGGUAAAUGAUUUUGGUUGUCACCAAGAAGACGCCAUUAAUAACGCUUUAUGUGACAAGCUGUGGUCAUGCAUACAAGGUCAAACCGUUUCAUUAUACCUGAAACUAUACACAGUGGUUGAUAAGCACUACAGGGGAACAAAUAUCCGCUUCACAAAGAACGACAUCAUCAGCGCGUUUGAGGAAUAUAAGAGCUCUUAA